AUGGGUGGCGAACAAGUAUGCAUGAUUCGAAAACCAGGCAUUACUACCACAAUGAAGAGCAUGAUCUCUUAUGGAGAUUCUAACGCUAAAUUUCUUGAAACAGUCGGAUGGGGAAUUGAUAGCGAAAAUCAGCCAAUUCUAGACAAAUCUAGUCACAUAUUCAGUGGAAAACUACCGCUAAAAUAUUUAAUGGGGUUCGCUGAGGAUUAUAAUAAAGGUAUAUUGAAUGUGAAACAGGAGCUGAUACUCAUCAUAGCUCGAUCAUUCAAAAACUGCUAUAUAGGAGAAGUUGAUGCCAGUGUGGAGAUUAACAAAAUCGAAUGGAAGAUAGGACAUAUUAUGCCAUCGGAUAAGCAGAGGUUGAAAUUACUGAACCGUCUCAAUAAAAGUUCUACAGCAAAAGUGAAAAUUGCAUACAGGAUGUGGGAUCUGUAUGAAUUACCGUCAAUUCGUGAAACAUCUUCAGACAUUUGGGCUGUUAAAACCACCAAUAGUCUCGAGCGACCAAGGUACAUUAUCAUAGGCUUCCAAAAUUCUGGUAACACAGAUAAUAGAUCCAAGGAUACCACCCAAUUCAUUCAUGCGGGAGUCAACAAUAUUCGACUGUAUUUGAAUUCGGAAGUUUACCCUUAUGAACGGUGGAAUUUGGAUUUUGGAAAAAAGUUAGAUGCUGUAGCCUAUUAUGCAUACGAUAAUUUCCAACGAAGCUAUUAUGGUAAAGACAUGAGCGAACCAAUGAUGAGUAUUGAGGAGUUUAGAAAAAAUCCGUUAUUCAUCAUAGACUGCAGCCAUCAACCGGACACAUUGAAAUCUUCAACUGUCGAUAUCAAGUUGGAGUUUGAGACACGCCAAUCGAAAUUUCCAUCUAAUACCAAGACUAACUUUGUAAAAUCGAUUGGUGGAAAAGACACCAAAGAUUUCAUCACAAGAGUGUUGAAACAAGUUUUCACCAAUGCCCUAUCGGAAUUAUGUUCUUGGACAGGACGAAAAAAUAACUUUGAACUGGGCCAUUUACAAAUCAUGAGAAUCAUAUUUGGAGUUAUCAGAAUUAAUGAGGGCUGCAAUGCUAAAGAGUUUGAGCAACAUGUAGCUGAAUGGUUUCGGCACGGAAAACAGCGGCAGCUUAGGGAGGUUCUGAAGUUGAAUAAAAGAACUUUGUUGGAAUAA